AUGGCUUCCCUGCGUUCCAAGUUCCUGCUCCCUUGUAGGGCGCUAUCGCUAUCAAUGACGAGCUCGACAACUACUACAACAGCAGCUAGAACCACAGCGACUUUGAAUAUUCCCGCUGUAGCACCACUUAGAAUUAAUUCUGGUAGACUCAAUGAUACCAUCUUAGAGACUGGUAACCAAUUUGGGGCAGCAUUGAGAUGGGCUCCAGAACCCCAUGGAUUUGGUCUCCGGAGGCUAGCUGGGACUGAGGUUGAUGGAAAAGUAAGAGAUUGGUUUGUAAACGAGUGUAAAGCAUUGGGCUGUACCAUUAAAGUCGACAAAAUUGGUAAUAUAUUUGCUCUUUAUAAGGGUCAAGAUCAAACCGGUAAACCUCCAACUGCUACAGGUUCGCAUUUGGACACACAACCGGAAGCUGGUAAGUACGAUGGUAUCCUAGGAGUACUCGCAGGAUUAGAAGUGCUGAGAACUUUCAAAGAAAAUGGAUAUGUUCCCCAUUAUGAUGUGUGUGUUGUUGUUUGGUUUAACGAAGAAGGUGCUAGAUUUGCGAGGUCUUGUACGGGUAGUAGUGUUUGGUCUCACGAUUUAAGCCUACAAGAGGCUUAUCAGAUGAUGUCAAUUGGCGAGGAUAAACCCGAAUCCGUUUUUGAUUCGUUGAACAAAAUUGGUUACUUGGGCGGUACGCCAGCUUCUUAUAAGGAAAAUGCAAUAGAUGCGCAUUUUGAACUUCACAUUGAACAAGGUCCUAUACUAGAAAAUGAAAGUAAAAAAAUAGGUAUAGUUACCAGCGUUCAGGGGUAUCAAUGGUCUAAAUGUACCGUUAAAGGUGUUGGUGCCCAUGCAGGUACGACACCAUGGAAUUUGAGAAAGGAUGCAUUGUUAGCGUCUGCGAAGAUAAUUACAAGAGCUUCAGAAAUUUCUCAAUCACAUCAAGCAUUGUUCACAUGUGGUGUCAUUGACGUUAAGCCUUAUUCGGUCAAUAUUCUGCCAGGUGAAGCCUCUUUCACACUAGAUGUAAGACAUCCUGAUGACGCUGUCGUUCAAAAUGUCGUCAAAGAAAUAAGAAAAGAAAUCGAAAGGGUUUUGAAUGAUAAUGUGGCAGGUCCGCUUUCUUAUGAUUGGGAGAUUUUGCAGCUUUCACCGGCGGUUAAAUUCAACGAAACUUGUAUCGAAUGCGUUUCCAGAUCUGCCUAUGCCCAGUUCAAAGAAAACGAAGUGAGACCGAUCUCAUCGGGUGCUGGCCAUGACUCUUGUCAAACUGCACCUCAUGUACCAACCUCAAUGAUAUUUAUUCCUUCAAAGGACGGGCUAUCUCAUAAUUUCUACGAACAUUCUUCACCGGAGGAGGUCGAGAAUGGGUUUAAAGUACUUUUACAAGCAAUUGUGAACUACGAUAACUAUAGAUUUUCAAGAGGUCACUAA